UGCGCCUUGCCACGGCGAGGUACAAAUAACGUCGAGGCUGCAUGUCUUGUAUUUCAUCUCUUCUGUUUUCACAGCUCGUCUCUUCUUCUCUACUCUCCUUUCAUCUUGCAAAGUUUCUAUAUCGCGACUGAGACAGCAUGCUCCUCCAUCUGCUCCUCGCCUUUGGCUGCGCCGUGCAGUCUGCACUCUGCAUGCCCGCGCAGAGCCCCUCUGACACAGUCGAUGCCGGCUCCCCUACCUCCCCAUGGGGACCAAGCGGCACGCCGCAUUAUCCUCAUCGCAAGCCCUUGACAAUCGAAGAGCUCCAAGCCCGCCAACCUCUCGACGGCCUGCCCUCCAACAGCAACGUCACCCUCGUCUACGCCGCCCUCGGCAUCGGCCACCAAAACUACACCUGCAACGGCACAGCCUACGUCCAGUCCAAAACAGGCGACGGCGCCUCCGCGCUCCUCUACGACGUCACUCGCUUCCUCGAAUACAACCCCAGAGAAACCAAGCGGCUGGCGCAAGACUGCAACUACGCCGCCUGCAAGUACCCGCAGAUCCUCGACAACCUGCUCGGCGACCACUACUUCAGCGCGCUGGUGGAGCCGACGUUCAAUCUCACUCGUGCUGAGCCGCCUAGAGUUCUCUCGGCCGUCAAGACGGAUGCUGUCACGCCCAACCCGAAGAAUGUCGCUUGGUUGUUCUUGACGGCGAAUCCGGCGAAUGAUAUCACGAAUGGGUUGAAGGAGGCGUAUCGCUUCGAUACCUAUCGGGGCGUCGCGCCGGCGAGCUGUGAUGAGGUGGGGGAGACGGUUAGCGUUGCUUAUACGGCGCAGUACUGGUUCUAUGAUUGAUCGAUGGGCACGAUGUCUGGGUAAUGGAUGGCGAGUGAUGAUCAGGGCUAGGUUCUUCGGGCGGGAGAUGGAGUUGGGGCGUAGGUUUGGCAAUUCUACAUGCCAAAUGCAGCGUGUCGGUAGUCUGUGGAGGUAUAUGUUCGGUGAUCAACAAAUGAAGUACUACGCAUCUACUUUCAUGCGCAUUUCGCUGCUGUAAUUCAAAGCAAAAAAGCAGCGACUCUCACCAUUCGAACUCGCGACCUGCCAAAACUUCACAAAAAAACAAACUCCUUUUCAGGAGGAAAGCAAGGCGAGACUCGUAGGACCCCAACAGGUUUGCAUUUUUGGCCGCCGACCGAACAGAUCAAUUGACGCUGCCGGUCAUUGGUUAGGAGUCACAAGUAGAUGAUUCAAUAUAUAGACAGUGUAUGUUGUUCGUAAGGCUAUC